AUGACCCCAAGCCACAGGCCCUCCAGCCCUGCCCUGGCCUCAGUCCUGCUGGCCGUGCUGCUGGCUGGUGCAGCGCAGGCGGCCGAGAUCGUGGGGGGCCGGGAAGCCGAGCCACACUCGCGGCCCUACAUGGCGUCACUGCAGGUGAUAGGCAACCACUUCUGCGGGGGCACCUUGAUCCACCCCAGAUUUGUGCUGACCGCGGCCCACUGCCUGCAGAACUUACCCCUCGCCUUGGUGGACGUGGUGCUCGGGGCCCACAACCUGCGGGAGGAGGAGCCCAGCCAGCAGAAGCUCUCCGCCGUCCGCCAGUUCACCAACAGCUACGACCCAGAACAGAAGCUCAACGACGUGCUGAUCUUGGAGGGUCUCACUGCCCGUCACCCUUGUUCGCUGACCCGCCCGGCCAACCUCAACGCCCAGGUGGCGGUGGCCCAGCUCCCCGAGCAGGGCCAGACGCUGCCCCAAGGCACCCAAUGCCUGGCCAUGGGCUGGGGCCGGCUAGGCACAAGCGAGCCAACGGCCCACGUCCUGCAGGAGCUCAAUGUCACCGUGGUGACCAUCCUGUGCCGGCCACAUAACGUAUGCACCUUUGUUCCCCGUCGCAAGGCUGGCAUCUGCUUCGGAGACUCCGGCGGCCCUUUGAUCUGCAACGGCGUCCUCCAGGCCGUGGACUCCUUCCUGAUCAAGGCGUGCGCCAAUCGCCAGUACCCCGACUUCUUCGCCCGCGUGGCGCUCUACGUGGACUGGAUUCAGUCCGUGCUGAGAGGCACGGGGGACGGGGGCAGCCCCUGAGUCCCAUUUCCCGACCCCCUGGGGCUGAAGCAGGACAGCAAGCCCCAACAGGGGGCCGGGGGACCGGGGUCCAGCCACACGUGCCGUCAAUAAAAGUUCA